AUGAAUCUGAAGGUCCCUCGAACCCUGCGUAUCGCAGUCCUCGAGUGUGAUACUCCGCUGCCGGAGACCAAGAAAAGGUUCCAUGGCUAUGGUGGUGUGUUUGAGUUCUUGCUCCGAUCAGGAGCCAGAGCCUUGGGUCGACCUGACUUGGACCCCGAUGACAGCCUCCAGUUUUCCGUCUGGCAGGUCGAAUUGAAUCCAGACCAGUAUCCCGAUCCUGCAACCAUUGACGCCAUUUUGAUCACCGGUUCCAGACACGAUUCCUUUGCAGACACACCUUGGAUCAACAAGCUGGUCGACUACACGGCGAAGAUCCUGUCAGAGACGACGGUUCGGGUCAUCGGCGUGUGUUUCGGCCACCAGAUCGUGGGCCGCGCUUUGAAGGCAGAGGUCGGGCGGAAUCCACAGGGGUGGGAGGCAGCAGUGAACGAUGUCCAGCUAUCGGAAAAGGGAAAGGAAGUCUUUGGUGUCGAUAAGAUCCGCCUCCACCAAAUGCACCGUGACUGCGUUUUCUACUACCCGGAAGGCGUCGAGGCCCUUGGAUCUUCUCCUGUGUGCAAGGUCCAGGGCAUGUAUUCACCAAAAAGGCUGCUGACCGUACAGGGCCAUCCGGAAUUCAACCAGGAGAUCAUGACAGAAAUCAUCAGCACGCGACAUGCAACAGGUAUUUUCGACGACGAGGCAUAUCAGGAACAUAUGAACAAGUAG